AAGUGAGACUCAGACAGUCGAUGUCACUGAGCGAGAGGUGAAAAUGGCGCAGAAAGGAGUUCAGCUGGACCGGGAAACCUUCUCUUGUCCCAUCUGUCUGGAUCUACUGAAGGAUCCGGUGACUACUCCCUGUGGACACAGCUACUGCAUGAACUGUAUUAAAGGCUUCUGGGAUGAAGAGGAUCAUAAGUACAGCUACAGCUGCCCUCAGUGCAGGAAGACGUUGACAGCGAGGCCUGUCCUGCUGAAAAGCACCAUGUUAGCAGAUUUAGUGGAGGAGCUGAAGAAGACUGGACUCCAAGCUGCUCCUGCUGAUCUCUGCUAUGCUGGAGCUGAAGAUGUGGCCUGUGAUGUCUGCACUGGGAGGAAACUCAAAGCACACAAGUCCUGUCUGCAAUGUCUGGCUUCUUUCUGUGAGAAACAUCUUCAGCCUCAUUUUAAUUCAAAGACAUUCAAGAAACACAAGCUGGUGGAGCCGUCCAAGAAGCUCCAGGAGAACGUCUGCUCUCGUCAUGAUGAGGUGAUGAAGAUUUUCUGUCGUACUGAUCAGCAGCUUAUCUGUUAUCUCUGCUUAAUGGAGGAACAUAAAGGCCACGACACAGUCUCAGCUGCAGCAGAAAGGACUGAGAGGCAGAAAAAGCUCGAGGGGAGUCGACAAAACAUCCAGCAGAGAAUCCAGGACAGAGAGAAAGAUGUGAAGCUGCUUCAACAGCAGGCGGAGGCCAUCAAUCUCUCUGCUGAUAAAGCAGUGGAGGACAGCGAGAAGAUCUUCACUGAGCUGAUCCGUCUCCUGGAGAAAACAAGCUCUGAUGUGAAGCAGCAGGUCAGAUCCCAGCAGAAAAGUGAAGUGAGUCGAGUCAAAGAGCUUCAGGAGAAGCUGGAGCAGGAGAUCACUGAGCUGAAGAGGAAAGACGCUGAGCUGAAGAAGCUCUCACACACAGAGGAUCUCAACCAGUUUCUACACAACUACCCCUUACUGUCACCACUCAGCCAAUCAACAUCCAGCAUCCAUAUCCAUCCUCUGAGCUGCUUUGAGGACGUGACAGCGGCCGUGUCAGAAGUCAGAGAUAAACUACAGGACGUCCUGAGAGAGAAGUGGACAAACGUCUCACUGACAGGGACUUACAUGGAAGUUUCACUGCCACAACCAGAGCCCAAGACCAGAGCUGACUUCUUAAAAUAUUCACGUGAAAUCACACUGGAUCCAAACACAGCACACACACAGCUGUUAUUAUCCGAGAGGAACAGGAAAGCAACAGUAAUGAGUCAAACACAGUCUUAUUCUAGUCACCCAAACAGAUUCACUGACAGGCGUCAGGUCCUGAGUAGAGAGGGUCUGACUGGACGUUGUUACUGGGAGGUGGAGAAGAGAGGAGAAGUUAAUGUAGCAGUCGCAUACAAGAAUAUCAGCAGAGGAGGGGGGUCGGAUGAAUGUAUAUUUGGAUACAAUAACAAAUCUUGGGCGUUAUAUUGUUACAACAACAUUUAUACAUUUUGGUACAACAGAGUCCAAACUCCCGUCUCAGGUCCUCUGUCCUCCAGAGUAGGAGUGUACCUGGAUCACAGUGCAGGUAUUCUGUCCUUUUACAGCGUCUCUGAAACCAUGACUCUCCUCCUCAGAGUCCAGACCACAUUCACUCAGCCGCUAUAUGUCGGACUAAGGGUUUAUGGUGGUUCUGGACACUCUGCUGAGUUGUGUAAACUGAAAUAGACAGAAGUCAUUUAAGGGUUAAAUUCUGUGUUUUAGCUCUUCGACUUAUUUAGUCUCCAUGUUUGUUGCUGAGAGCUGAUUGUUGUGACAAUUUAAUUUCUAAACUUUUUUGUAAAUUAGUUUGACGUUUCUUCUGCUUGUAUUGACAUUUUAGAAGUGAUGAGAUGUUCGGCGCCCAGAUAGCUCAGUUGGUAGAGCGGUGCACCCAUAUAUGGAGGUUUACUCAUUGACGCAGCUGUCCUGUCAAAUAAAGGUAUGAAAAAUAUAAUAUAAAAAAUAAUCUUAAAAAAAAAGAAGUGAUGAGAUAUUUUUGUUAGUUGAGAAAAUCAUUCGGGGAGCCACAGAAGCUCUCAAUGUGCUCAGUUGAGAUCUGUUAUUUUACCUUUGAUUGUUGAAACAGGGAUGAUAUGUUAAAAAAGAUCUUUACAGAGAUGAUCUGUAGAUAUUAGCUGUUGUUGGUUAUUCAUGUAUUUCUCCACGUUAUGUAUCUGCGGGAAAGGCUAUGUCUAAACAUAGUCUGAAAGUGUAUUUAGUUUAUUUAGUUUCUCUUCCACUGCAUGACUCUGAAGAACCAAAAUGUUAUCAUAAUCAUAAUCAAUAAGUCAUUCUUCUCUUUUACAUAGCUGAGAUUCUGGUUCUGUGUGGAUGAAGUGAAUCUGUUGAUGAAAUCAUUGAACAAGAGUCUUUGAACAAACUUUACUGAUGGGAUGUGUGAACAAACUGAAGCUUUACAUGAUGAAUAAACUAACAUGAACAAAGUA